AUGCCAAACACCAAUCAGCUAGGGCUACAAGAAAAAGCUGACUCUCAAAUUUUUAAUUAUAUCGUAUCGAAAAUUUCUAAUAUGGACAUUUUACAACCUUUACCAUUUGAAAAUUGGUCUCACCUCCAAAAUAAAACAAAGUAUAACUGGCCAAUUUUUGCAUAUUAUUAUUACUGGAUUGAAAAUGCUAUUAAAUGGAAAAAAAAAGAUCCUAAUAUAUCUAUUCAAAUUUAUUGCCCACAUGGAAAUUAUGAACAAGGAACUUUUAUUGGAAUUAGCAAUUUUGCAAUAUAUAAUGUGAUAAUAUUUACACUGGAUCCCAACAAGGAAAUCAUAAACAAAGUAUUAACAGAAACUAAUGUAAUAGAUUACAAUCAACAAGUAAAUUUUCCUGCAGUCCAUGAAUCUUUUGCAUCUAAUGUACUUUCUGCAACAAAAAAUCUCAAGCAUUUAAAAAAUGUAGAAACAAAACUAAUAUUGUCAUUUAAUUUUUAUUUUAAGUCUGCUGAAGAUUGUGUAAAAAUAGAAAAUCGGAUACCAGAUGAGUGUUAUAUGAAAACUUUAAAUAAAUCAGAUGUUCCAUUAAUACAUUCAGUAUGGCCACAUAGAGAUCUAGAAUACCCUGAAUUAUCCUUAAAAUAUUUAAGUACACUUGUAGAAUUUAAUGGUGGAUUAGGAUUAUAUUUAAAAAAAGAUGAUUCUUUAGUUUCUUGGGCCAUGCAAAAUGAUUGGCAUGGAUUAGGAAUGGUACAAACACUGGAAAAAUAUAGAAGAAAAAGUUAUGCAAAAGUUGUUAUAAAUGCACUUGCAAAGAAAUUUGGAGAGCAAGGAAUUUCAACAGUAUUAUUUAUUGUUAAAGGCAAUACAGCAUCUGAAAUACUGUUUAAAAAUCUUGAUUGGAGGAUAAUUGCACCAAUUACCUGGUUAAUAUUUAAAAAACAACAA